AAGACGCUCUAGGGCGACUGUAAUUCAACACCGCAGAACAAUGGCACUGUACACGACACGCCCAGGACGAAGUGCAGCACGCAGGUCGAUCCACCGAAGUUGCUAUGAGUGGGUUUAGUCUGUUCGCGUAUUUAAGAACGACUGCUCUCGUCCGCCUUGCCGUACGGUAUGCCGUGUCAAUAGUUUCUUCGAACCGUGGCUCCAUCACCUGGCCAUGUCGGACGAGGAGGAGCCCAGCCGUCCGUUGAUGGCCCCACGAAAAGUGCGCGUGAUCAGGCGAGGACCGACCACCGGCUUGCAACGAAGGCGUAUCAGUGCCGCCCUGUGGCUCCUGCUUACCUGCACAGCGCUCGGUGCGCUGGUUCUGGUGCUUCGCUACCAGCGGCUUCGGUGGACGCCGCUCUCCGGAGCUUGCCGGAAGCUGCGCAAGCAUGACGUGUGGCACAACACGAUGCCCAUGCUGACAACCGAAUCGGCCUUCCGCCACGUGGACGUUAACGAGGAUGGGACGCUGGACGUUGUUUUUGGCUUCGGAACCGGCUUGGACGCCUACCGGUACCCGUUGGUGGCCUGCGACGUCUACUUGCCCGCGGCUGGUGAUCGAGGCUGCGGCGGUGGCCUGGCAGCUCUUGACGGCCGCUCGGGGCACGAGCUAUGGCGCCUCUACGUCCGACACGAGCUGUUCGCGCUCAACUGUCGGCUAGACCUGGACGCCGACGGCGUGUGGGACUGCGUCGCCGGAGGCCGCAUGGCGGGGCUGUAUGCUGUGAGCGGGCGCACUGGCACUGUGCUGUGGACGCUGUCGGCAGCGGAGGAUGCCGUGGUCGAACGCUCCAACAUGUACACGGCGCAACACAUCCGCGACGUGGACGACGACGGCACAGCUGAUCUGCUGAUCGCCCACGGAGGCGACCCACUGCGUGAGCCCGGCGCACCCUCGGACCGCCUGGCAGGCCGCCUGCUGGUCGUCAGUGGGCGCUCGGGCAAGCUACUCAGCUGGGCCAUGGUGCCGGAUAGCCGGGAGACGUACUACUCUCCGCAGUUGAUGCUUUAUCCCGACGGCACCGAGCUCGUCUUGUUCGGCACUGGGGGCGAGACUCACGGCGGCUCAUUGUGGAGCCUUCCACUGCGCCAGCUUCUUGCCGGCCGAGUUGAUGAAGCGCGGGCCCUCUAUACAGACCCCAACAAAGGUAUCAUGACACCGCCCGCGUUGGUCGACGUCACUGGUGAUGGUGUCGCAGACGUCGUCAUGGCUGCAUUCAACUCGACCGUGUUCGCGCUAGAUGGCCUCAGCUUGGAGCGACUUUGGUCGCAGCGCUUCGUCCAGUCUGAAUCGUACAGCACACCGGCCGUGGGUUACUUCAAUGAGGACAGGACACCCGACUUCAUGGUCAGCUACCAGACAGGGCCGGGCUUCCCACUGUACGUGUCUAGCCAAACGACUGUUUUGGAUGGUCGCACUGGUCGACCACUGCUGCCACUCCCCGUGCACUCCGCACUCGGAGCGCAGGCGUCACCGCUAGCCAUCAGCAUGCCGGGCGUAGGCCAUGACGUCUUCCUCUACUGGCUUUCAGAUUGCCAUGGCGACCGGAGUUCUGUACGCGAGCACAAGGAAUUUGCGCUGGCUGCCGGCACUAGUGUGUUUCUACGCAGCCGAGCAGACUUCUGCCGUCUGCGCUUCGGAUCGCGUCUCUACACGCGGCUCUACGCUCUGUGGUCCAACGCCGAGCCACCUGGCGCACUUCUUUACGACUCAGAUGAAAUGCGGUCCGUGGAGUACAGCGGCUUGCUCAACUUCACGGCCAUUGGGACCCGCUUCUUGGAGCAGCACCCGGAGUACCACCGCAUACGACGCCACGUGGGGCCGCACGAUGCGGGCGGUGUGCAGCGUACCAUUUCCACAGGUACUUUGAUGCCGGGCUCUGGGCCGCGCAGCAUCGACCUGGUGUUUGCGACCUUUUGGUUCCUGCCGACGCGUGUGCGUACCAUGUCGGAAGAUGAACGUCGCUGCCUGGAGCGAAUUCGGAUGCACGAGGCAACCCGCUUUCAAGUUGACAGUCCUCUGUAUGGGCUCGACCAUGAUGCCUUCGAGCAGCUAGCAGCAGCAGAGUGUGGUAAAGGCGACGAAAAUGACCAGCCUGCGUACGAUCCCUUCAACCGCCGCAUGGGCCAGCUGACAGUGUACCGCGUACGUCUGCAAUGCACUUGUGACCAAUGCGCGGGCCCGCUGCCUUUUGGACAGCAAAGGUGGCCUGCGUACAUGGGAGUAAGUGCGGACUGCUACUCAAGGAAGCCCUAAAAUAAUGUAUGGAUGAUAGAUCGCUUUACACAACUUACCACAGUAGGUCCACUGGGAAACUUGGUUACCUAUGUUCCAAAAUAACACGGAAGGGGAUCAGCUUCACGCAUGUUUAAUUGCCAAUGAAUAGUAAGUGCUAGAGCACGAAUAGCAAUUAAAUUACACUUCAGAGGCAAUCUGAACCAGUUCACUGGUGGAAAGGGGGGGAAGAGGGGAGACAGCGAGCAUUGUUGAGAACCAUGAUUUGUUACAGAGCGCUUUGACACAAAUAAAAUUAUUUACCUACAAUUAAAGACACUGCCUAAUGCGAAUUGACAGCGCCACUUCGUGUUGGUGUCAGGCCAAUGGAGUUUUCGUUAGCACAAAACUGUUUUAUGCGGGGAUCACGGCUUUGCUGACGGCUUUGCUGACGUGUUUUCUUCACGGAUAUGACGUUGUAAAACGUGAAGCAGCGGAUUUUAAAGAAAAUCAGAAAGAAAAAUUGGCGCAGCGGUGUGUCGAACCAGUGGCAUCGCACUCGUCAUCGCGUGGGGCCAAAAGCUACGCCAUAAAGGGAACCUCCAGCAAGCAACUUUUAUACACCAUGUACUGCUAGCAGUGCUUAGAGCUCAGCGAUAUGGCACGACGGGUGUGCGUUGGACGCACCAAGGUCGUCGUGCCACGCCACACCGUGCGUUGCUAUGCGCGUGUGUCUUUACAAGGUGAGGGCUUAGCACGUAUAGAUGAUUUGUAGCGUUGUGGCUCAAUCACGCCCGCGCUUAUCCCGAGAUUCGGGUGCUUCGCACCUGAUAUGCUUCCACCGCAAGUUUGCUUUGACGUUACAUUAGUUAAAGAAAGCACGCACGUUAAUUUGCUCACUUUACGACUGCAUUUGUGAAAAGAGCACGCUGCUUCCACACGACAAAUUAAAAAUUGUGAAAGUUGUUCGUGCUCGUCCUGUGCAUACCGGUGUAAUUAUUUUGUGUGCCUUUCUUUGUUGGAACAGCGCGCUUUAAGUGUCAAGCUGUGGCAGUUUUCGUUCACGUUUGUUCUGUGUAGGCUCAUUUCAUGCGUGCUUUCAGCGCGCUUUCAGCUUAUUAUGUGCGCUGCAAGUUUCGAGCUGCUUGCCGCUCUUCGCGUAACAUUGCUAUUUGUUGCUUUAGCAUUAAUUACUUCGCGCUUGUGGCGAAACAAUGCACAAUAAACAUUCAACUGCACUUGC